AUGGUGUACCAAGGAGAGAAUAUGCUCAUUAUAGAGUCUAAAAUUCAAGACGGAUGUCGCAUACUGUUAAAUCGUAACGACUUAUUAAAGUUACAAGAUUUAGAGUGGUCAAUUUUCGAGAUCAUCGAGAGAAAAACCAAAAUCGUUAAACCGCUCGUAAUACAGCAAAUUAAUCAAAUCGCAUCAUACUUAAAAACAAAUACCAAAGUUGAAACUAGAACGCUUGAAGAUAUGACAAUUCGCGUGAAAAGCAUUAACAACAUUUGCAUUGCAACACAUGUAAAUGACUACAAUUUCACAAGUCAGCUUCAAUUACAUGCAGCUGAACAUAUCGCACAAAGAUGGUUGGACGAAUUAGAAAAAGAUGAGGGAUACGAGAAACCUUUUUCACCGCCAUCAUUUUACACUAUAUUUAAUGAGGAAAUUCUUUCUGAUAUCUCCCCUCCAUCACAGACAAGCUGUACAGAUGAAACGAUGGACCAUACGGCCCGCAAUACAAUACUUAUACAGACGAAAACGAUGGACCAUACGGACCGCAAUACAAUACUUAUACAGACGAAAACGAUGGACCAUACGGUCCGCAAUACAAUACUACCAACUCACUACCCAAAAGACGACACACUGUUUAAUGUACUUUUGUGUAAAAAUAUUUUUCUGCAGUUUUCUCAGGAAUAA